AUGGAUUCCAAGGAAUUUACCCUGGAAUAUAUACAACACACAUUAAAUUCCACAAAUGAAGAUGAAAACUUUGCCAUAGCUCCGCAUGCUGCCUAUGAGCUAUACCAAGAUCUCUUUGAAUCUACAUCGAUUUAUGGUUUCCGCCCACAAACACAAAUGGAGGAGGAUCCCCAUUUACCCAAGGCCAUACUCAAAGAUGAAUAUCGUAAUGAAAGUUAUGUCGAACAAAAUAUCACCAUGAAAGCACGUUGGACAUUUAAUUUCCAAACACGUGAUACGAGUAAACGACCUUUUCAUCAGCUAGAUUCCGGGGAUCGUACAUAUUUAGUGGAUAAUUUACGGAAGGAUGAUGUUUUUCGUUAUGCUUUUGUUGAGGAGUUGAAUGCCAGUGUUUUGGAGCUGCCAUUACAUUUACAUGAAAUAAAGUUGUUGAUUAUUUUGCCCGAAGAAGAAAACGGUUUGGAAGAGUUAAAAGAUCAACUGGUUGAGAAUAUGGAUAUGGUGGAUUAUAUUAGUAAAACUCAGUUCGCUAUGACAUUGGUGCGGGUGAUGUUGCCGAAAUUCUCUUUGGAGGAUGAACAGGAUUUGGUGGAGUUUUAUGAUGAGAUAUCCGAUCAGGACAUCAGCCAAUAUGACAGCAUACAACAGACAAUCAAAUUGAAGUUUAAGGAACAUGGAAUCGGUGAUUUCGAAAAAAUUACUGUCUUAUUUUGGAAUGCUUAUUCUUAUCUGAGAAUUACACCAGAAGUUGUGGAUAUAAGUCAUCCAUUCCUGUUCAUGAUAACCAACAAGGAUGGCAUACAAUUCUUUGGACAAGUGGUAAAAUGCUGA